ACCGCUGCACCCAUGGCAGUCACGUGGAGGGCCGGGUUCCCACAGCCUUAGUCUUCUCCGGCAGCGGCAGCAGCGGCGAGUGCGAGGCGGGCUCCCGGAGCAGCGCGCUGCCUCAGCCUCCCCCGUCUGCCUGGGCAGGGGGGUUUCCUCAGGCAGCGGCGGGGACCGCUGGCAAGUCGCCCUGUGACUCCCUGCAGGGUCCCCCCGUGAGGAGCGCUUUAAGCUGCUGCUUUCCUGAGCAUCAGGUUGGGAAUUUCCCCGGGUUCCUUUUUACCCCCACCCUCUCUCUGGCUUUAAAAGAAGUUGGCUGCCUUCCGUUGCAGGGACCCUGGUAUCAUUAUUAGUGGUAGCAGGAAGAGUAGUAGGAUUACUGGUUGGCUGCUUGUGCCCACUGAAUGAAAGCCCGAGGGAGCCCUAGAAAGAGGAAGGAGCCUGGCGAGUUGAAGCGUUCUCUGUGGUCCCAAGUUGCAGCUGAGCUUUCCCGGCUUGGAUAAGAGAUGGAUAAGGAUGAGAUUGAUCUGCACACAAUCCCCCCUGACGCAUCCUGGGGACCACACACUGACAGUGCAUUUCAUGGGGUGGAAUUUCUGCCAGAAAAUCUCGGAGAGGCUCCAAAUGAAACAGAAAUGAGGGUGAAUGAGAAAUAUUCAUCUCUACCUGCUGAGGAAAAAGGGAUUCACAUUAUCAACAUCCAAGCUAUUGAAGACAUAGGAUAUGUCCAGCAUGAAAGUACAUUAUUAAACUCACUGUCUAGAGAUCCAGAUGCCAACUGCAAAUAUGGACUCUAUUUUAGAGAUGGCAAGAGGAAAGUGGAUUAUAUCUUGGUUUACCAUUACAAGAAGUCCUCUAUGGGCAGAACACUCACUAAACUAAUUCAUCACAAUGAUGCAAGUGCUCGAAACACCAAGCUGGAUCAUCCACUUCCUGGGAAGGGAGCAAGCCUUGACCUGGGAGAAAGUGAGCCACAGAUGGACUACCAUGAAGAUGACAAGAGAUUCCGUCGAGAGGAGUAUGAAAGCAACCUCACUGAGGCUGGUCUGGAACUGGAAAGAGAUGAAGAUACUAAAAUCCAUGGGGUUGGAUUUGUAAAAAUACAUGCACCUUGGCAUGUCUUGUGCCGGGAGGCAGAAUUUCUGAAGCUGAAAAUGCCUACAAAAAAGGUGUAUCAGAUCAAUCAGGCCCAUGGUCUUUUGAAAAAAAUUAAUUCUGUGAUUCAAAAAAUAACAGAACCCAUCCAACCAAAAGUAGCGGAACACAAACCACAGACAAUGAAACGCCUCUCCUACCCAUUCUCCCGGGAGAAACGGCAUUUGUUUGAUUUGUCUGACAAAGAUUCCUUUUUUGAUAGCAAAACUAGGAGCACGAUUGUUUAUGAAAUCCUGAAAAGAACAACAUGUACCAAAGCCAAAUACAGCAUGGGGAAAGGAGAGGGAAGAAAGAAGGAAACUGCACUUUUAAAUAAAAGACGAAAAUGUGGUAAAUAUGGGAUCACCAGUUUGCUUGCCAAUGGCGUUUACAGUGCCGCAUAUCCCCUGCAUGAUGGUGACUAUGAAGGUGACGAUGUUGACCUCAAUGACAGAAAACUCCUGUUUGAGGAAUGGGCAAGCUAUGGAGUCUUUUAUAAAUAUCAGCCAAUUGACCUGGUGAGAAAAUAUUUUGGAGAGAAGAUUGGACUGUAUUUUGCCUGGCUGGGAGUUUACACACAAAUGCUCAUUCCAGCUUCUAUUGUAGGGAUUAUUGUAUUCCUGUAUGGCUGUGCAACUGUGGAUGAGAACAUACCAAGCAUGGAGAUGUGUGACCAGAGGAACAAUAUCACCAUGUGUCCUUUAUGUGACAAAACAUGCAGUUACUGGAAAAUGAGCUCUGCCUGUGCCACUGCUCGAGCAAGUCACCUCUUUGAUAACCCAGCAACUGUCUUCUUCUCUGUCUUUAUGGCUCUAUGGGCUGCCACAUUUAUGGAACACUGGAAGAGAAGACAGAUGCGUCUCAACUAUAGAUGGGAUCUGACUGGGUUUGAAGAGGAGGAGGAGGCAGUCAAGGAUCAUCCAAGAGCAGAAUAUGAAGCAAAAGUAUUAGAAAAAUCACUGAGGAAAGAAUACAGACAUAAAGAGAAGCGUCGACAUUUGCCAGAAGAGACAACAAACAAAUGGAGACAAAGAGUUAAGACAGUCAUGGCUGGGGUGAAAUUGACUGAUAAAGAGAAACUGACAUGGAAAGAUCGUUUUCCAGCAUAUUUUACCAACUUCGUUGGCAUUAUCUUCAUGAUUGGACUGACAUUUGCUAUCGUAUUUGGAGUCAUUAUAUAUAGAAUCUCCACUGCAGCAGCCUUAGCCAUUAGCUCAACUCCUUCUGGCCGGUCUAACGUUAGAGUAACUGUGACUGCAACUGCAGUAAUUAUUAAUUUGGUGGUGAUCAUCAUCCUGGAUGAAGUAUAUGGCUGCAUAGCAAGAUGGCUAACUCAGAUUGAGGUCCCAAAAACUGACAAAAAUUUUGAAGAGCGACUGAUCUUCAAAGCCUUCCUUCUGAAAUUUGUCAAUGCUUACACUCCCAUUUUCUAUGUCGCUUUCUUCAAGGGCCGAUUUGUUGGACGUCCUGGAGACUAUGUCUACAUUUUUCAUUCUUUUCGAAUGGAAGAGUGUGCCCCUGGCGGUUGCUUAAUGGAGUUAUGUAUUCAGCUAAGCAUUAUUAUGUUGGGCAAACAGCUCAUUCAGAACAAUCUGUUUGAGAUUGGCAUCCCAAAAAUGAAGAAAUUUAUAAGAUAUGUGAAAUCAAAACGUCAGAGUUCUUUAGAUCAUGAGGAGCACAUGAAAAAAAAACAGCGCUAUGAAGUGGACCACAACUUGGAGCCUUUUGCUGGACUUACUCCAGAAUACAUGGAAAUGAUUAUCCAGUUUGGGUUUGUAACCUUGUUUGUUGCAUCCUUCCCACUGGCCCCUUUGUUUGCAUUGUUGAACAACAUUAUUGAAAUACGGCUAGAUGCAAAGAAAUUUGUCACAGAACUUAGGAGACCAGUUGCAGUUCGAGCAAAAGAUAUAGGAAUCUGGUAUAAUAUCCUCAGAGGUAUAGGAAAGCUUGCUGUAAUAAUAAAUGCAUUUGUGAUCUCAUUCACAUCUGACUUCAUUCCACGCCUCGUGUACCUGUAUAUGUACAGUGAAAAUGGCACCAUGCAUGGCUUCGUGAACCAUACGCUAUCUUCUUUUAAUGUCAGCGAUUUUCAAGAAGGAACAGCUCCAAAUGAUCCUUUGGAGCUUGGCUACAAGGUCCAGAUAUGCAGAUACAAAGAUUACCGAGAACCCCCAUGGUCUGAAAACAAAUAUGACAUUUCAAAGGAUUUUUGGGCUGUGCUAGCAGCAAGAUUAGCAUUUGUGAUAGUUUUCCAGAACUUGGUCAUGUUCAUGAGUGACUUUGUUGACUGGAUUAUCCCAGACAUUCCCAAGGACAUUAGUCAGCAGAUUCAUAAAGAGAAAGUUCUCAUGGUAGAGGUUUUUAUGAAAGAAGAGCAGGGGAAAGUACAAAUGCUGGAAACCUGGAAAGACAAGGAGAAGAAAAAAGUUGAAAACUGGAACAAUCACAGCCCCAGGCUCUCAAGAAGUCACAGUGGGAGUUUGUCCUCUUGCCAUUCUUAUCAUGUGGAUGUAUAGAAGAAGACGCAGCAGCAGUUUGCUAUGUUGGGGCAUUCCAUAGAUAAACAAGCCAUCACUUAACGGCGAGACUUGAUUUAUGGACAACCUGGUGCAUGUUUAAGUAUGUGCAGCCAUUUUGCUCCCAUCUUUGUGAGAAAUUCUUACAAAUAUGGAGGACCACAUUCUAUUUCUGAUAGGAUUUGUUUGCACAAUCAGUAAUGCAGGGAAUUUUUAUAUUUCAUAUUGAUGUUGGUGUGCAUUAGUAAAAUGCAAGUAUUUAGUAUGUACUAGUAGAAAUGUUCCCUGAGAAUUUAAAUAAUGAAAGGUACAUUUCAAGUAAUGAUGAUAAUAGCUUAAAAUCUUUUUGGCACCCAAAGCCUAAACAAUUUGGGAGGUUGCUUUAUAAAGGAUAUGCAGAAAUCAAUUUUACAGUGUGUUCUAGUUUCCUUCAGCAGGAGGAGAUAAACCAUAUCAACCUAACAAGACACAUUCAUUUUCAAAGAUGCAGCUCAGCUCCCUGUCAGAUAAAAUCUGGAUUUAAACCUGCAGAUCCUAGACAAACAAAACUCCCAUUGAGAUUAGUAGACUAUAUGACUGAAGCAAGUUCAGGUUUAAAAAAAAAGAUGGGUGGGGAUUUUCAUCUUGAACAGGUAUGGGGGAGUUGUUUUCUUUUUUUGAUCCUGACAGAAUGUGUUAUAUCCUAGCGAUCUCCAUUGGGGCACAACUACAUUUAGAAAAAUGAGAAAGUGAAAUCAGACUAGAUGCAUUCACUGUCAUCCCAAUUCUGUGCAUCUGUGAAAGCUAUUAGUUUUCUAGAAAAGUUCUUCUGAUGGGUGAAAUUUAUGUGCAUGCAACUACAUCAGUGCCCAAAGUGUAUCAUGUACUUGUACACGAUGCAUUUGGGACACCAAGCCAGUGACAGCUCAGCAGCAGCACAAUUUCAUAGAACUUUUCAGCAGGUUGAGCACUGUAGGGUAUUCUAAAGGGGCCCUGACUUAGUGAGGACAUGUAGAGUCACAGUCAUUUAUACUGCCCCAUCUAGCAUCUAAUAUGGGGAUAUAACUCUCCCUACCAGCUUGGCCACAUCCCCUCCUCAGUCAAAGCCACUGGGUUCUUCUCUACAGCAGUCUCCCCUCUGCUAUGGUGGAGCGGAGGAUGUUGCACUGACUUUAUUUAGCUAUAGUUUUUCCUUUCUGCUAGUAAGGGCAUCUACACCAGAAAAGGCAAGACUAGGCCUUAAAUAAAUAUGACCUGUUGUCUUCAAUGGAAGUUUUGCCUUAACUGGGACUACAGGACCAGAUUUUCAGUUAUAGGACUUUUCAUUUUGUCUUAAAAUAUAUUUUCUUACAUAUAAGGCAUUUCUUUAAAGUAACAGUCUAGAAUUGUUACCUGUGAAACAUGUAUAGACCCUAUCAGUGCAACUUUUUUCAUGUUAGUCACUUUGAGUUUAAAGGGUCAAGUGAUAAACUCAAUUUUUCCCCAAAAUAAUGGUGCAAUUAACCACAUGUUUUUAUCACUUUGUCUUAUCCAUGGGGCACACAUUGCAAAUAUCAAACUAAAGAAUAAAAUAAAAACAGAAGUUUGUUUUAACUCUAACUACUGUAUGGUUUGUUACAAAACCAAACGUCAAAAAGCCUGUUAUAUUUCAACAACCAAAAAAAAUUUUCUCUUUUUCUUUUCUUUCUUCUUUGCCAAAUUAAUUUAUAGAUUUUAAAUAGAACUUUAAAAAUGCCACACCUAGUUUUGUAAUAUUUAUUGGUUUUAAUAUAAAGUAUGUAAUGAACUUGGUAAUUUUUUCUAUAGUUUGUCCAAAAAAGGUACCAGACGAGGAAUUAUGUGGAAGGAAGUGAUUAAAUUAACCAAGUAUUGUGAAAAUUAAUUUAAAAUAUUGAUCCAACCAAAGAUUGUUAUUAAUAAAGGGCUUAUAUUUUGUUAAUAGCUGUUUCUCUUGUAUUUUGACUGCAGGAAUGUCAAUAUUUUUUAUUCUAAUUAGAUAUCUUGUAUUAAACAAGGCCAAAUUCCAGUUGAUGUACUCACACAAAGUAAGCACUAUAGCUUGUAGAAAGUACUUCCACAAGCAGACCCACUGACUGCAAUACAACUACUAGUGUGAAUAUAAGUGGUGGAAUUUUGUCCUUUAUAAAAGACAGAUUUUUCCCCUUUCAUUCAUUGAUAACUUCACUUAUUGAUAACCUAAAAAUUUGAGAAGAAAAUCAACUAUUAUGAAGAAAAAUGUUAGGGAACUUUCUCUAUAGAAAUUUCAAAUGUAAAUAUUAAUCUAAAAAUGUUCUUGGCUUAAUACUGACAUUCCUGUAAAUAGUAAGACUGUAUGCUUAGGUGCAUAGUUGUCAUAAGUUUUCACUAUUUGCUGAAAUCAUAAAAUAGUAAGUAAUGCUUAUACUUUCUUUUGUACAGUAAAUUCUUUCAAAUGAGAUUUUUGUAUAUAAAUACUGUAUUAGUACUUAGAUAAUUAUAUAGAAACCCUUUAGUGGAAACCAUUUUUUUAAAGAAAAGUAAAUGCGUAUAAUUCCACUUUUUUUUUGUUUGUUUUUUUUCCUUUUAUUUUCUUUUUCUUUCUUUCUUUUUUGGAACAUUUAUUUACAAUAAAUUUAAAUAUGCAAGAGUU